CUACCUUUUGGUUGGUUCAUACGCAUCAUCGCCUUUAUCAUUCUGCCGUUCAUGAUGCUCGCCUGUACGGCAAUCUGUCCAUAUUUUCCACCUCGCAAGGCGACCAUGUUCAUUGGAGAGUCGUGAAGGGCGAAGAAGUACGUAUUGCUCGUAGCAGCGCUAUUUUCCAUGGCGGUGGGUAUGUGGACGCCCCUUUUCUACAUGUGUACACUAUCAAAAGACGAACGAUUCCACUGCAAGCAUCCUAUCUCCUCGCCGGGGUCAACGGGUCGUCAACCUUUAGACACAUCAUUCCCCUACUGGUGACAGGCUGGGCCGGCUCAACAUGUUUGCUUUUGUGGGCAUUUCGAUAGAGAUUGUCGUAUUUUGUUUCAACGAGCCGCACACGAACGCAGGUAUCAUUGUCUUUUCCGUCUUCUUUGGUUUCGUCUCGGGGUCAAUCAUCUCAGCUGGAACUGCGGCUAUCUCGAUCUGCACAAAGAAUCCUCGAAACAUUGGCACGUAUAUGGGCAUGGGCGUUGGUGCCGCCGGGUUUGCCGUCUCUGUUGGUCCACCCGUUAACGGCGCACAGGUCGUCAAGUACGGAGGUUUUGAACAAGUCUCAAUUUACAGUGGCACUGUUAGCCUAGUUGGCGGUGUCCUUAUGUUGAGUAGGAAGCUCGUCACCAGUAGAGGAAUUCUGGGUAGAGUGUAAACAGAAGUUGUAAAUCGGGUUUUCUCAAAAAAUCCAUUGGAAGAGAUGUGCUGGCCCAUUCUGAGGGGGGAGGAGAGCCGGGACUGGGGAGAAGCAAGCAAGUAAAGAGGGACGAGAGGGAUAUAACACAUUGAAGUUGUGUUGGAACAGAUUGGUUAUUGCGUCAAUGGUCAUCCAGACAAGAAAGGAAACUCGUAAACAGGCCGGAUAUCAACAAUGAACCGUAUCCCUAC